GGCCGGAUAUGUUCUGUGACUUCAACGGCAAGAAGUACAGCCCGGGCGAGAGCUGGCACCCCUACCUGGAGCCACAGGGGUUGAUGUACUGCAUCCGCUGCAGCUGCUCCGAGAAUGCCAACACCAGGUGCUACCGGAUCCAGUGCCCGGCUCUGCAGUGUGCCAGCCCCAUCACAGACCCCCAGCAGUGCUGCCCACGGUGUCUUGAGCCACAUUCCCCUUCUGGCCUCCGGGCGCCCGUCAAGUCCUGCCAGUACAAUGGGACGACCUACCAGCAAGGCGAGAUGUUCACCACCAGCGAGCUCUUUCCCAGCCGCCAGCCGAACCAGUGUGUGCAGUGCAGCUGCUCCGAAGGCCAGAUUUACUGCGGCUUGGUGACCUGCCCAGAGCUGUUGUGCUCCUCUCCCCCAACCCCCCGAACCGUGCCAGUUUCCUGCUGCCAGGUCUGCAAAGAUGGCUCGUAUGAGAAGUCCACGGAAGAGGAACCCCUGCAGUUAAACCGAGGUGUUAGGCACUCGCAAGAUCAGUGCUUGGGGGAAGCGAUGGGCAGAAAGCCACCCGGAGCCACCACGUCCACUGUUCUCAGUUCUUCCCUGGAGUUCAUUCCCAGGAGCUUCAAACCCAAGGGAGGAGGUGGCACCACAGUGAAGAUCGUCAUGAAAGAGAAGCACAAGAAAGCUUGUGUUUACAACGGGAAGACCUACUCCCAUGGGGAGGUGUGGCAUCCCGUCUUCCGGCUCUACGGCCUCCUGCCCUGCAUCCUCUGCACUUGCAGGGAUGGUGUCCAGGACUGCCAGAAGAUCACGUGUCCCAAGGACUAUCCAUGUGACUAUCCAGAGAAAGUAGAUGGGAAAUGCUGUAAAAUAUGUCCAGAAACCAGAGUCAAACCCACCGAUGAGACAGUCACCGCCCGGUGCGGCAAGAACCCCAACCGUGUCCUGGUGUACAUGUUUGUGCCACCGAGCUCGGAGACCUCCAAGGAGAUCCUCAGGACGAUCGCCAUUGAGAAGGAGACCAUGGAAGAGGUGGAAAUCUACAACUGGAAGUUAAUUAAAGGAAUAUUUCAUCUGAUCCAGACCAAGAAGAUCAGCAAACAAGAAUUCAAGCAAGAAGCACAGAACUUCAGGCUGAUCACCAGGACGAACGAAGGUCACUGGAACAUCUUCCGAGCCCAGACAUCAGAGCUGAGGAUGACAGAGAGCCCAGAGAAGGAAACAAAGAACUUGUAA